AUGAGCUCUGUCGAGGAAUUAAAAAUAGUUCGCUUAUUUCGUGCGUACAAUACCACUAUUCAACUCUGCUUGGACCGUGGAUACACUAUUCGACAUCCAUCCAUUAUCGCCGAUGCCGUCCAUAGGCCGGAGCUUUUCGACUCCUUGACCGGCCUGGAUUAUCAGUUUUUUCUCAAGCACUUCGUGCUCACUCCAGAGCAAUCGAAGCUACUUCAAGCAAAUAAGCAUAUAACCAAUGAAGAGGAUGCCGAUGAGAAUGAUUUUGAUGGACUGAAAGGGGCUCCGGAGGGAUCGUGGACAGCCAUGCGGAAUGCCAUGAGGUUAUCUUGCCAACUCCAGACGAGUGGUGCGACAGAAAGUUUAGCAUUAGGCCUUGAAGCGGCUCCAGGCACGGCCCCAUUGAUGCCGAGCAACGAGCGCAAUGUAACGCAGCAUGAAUCUGAUAGAACAAUGGAUCGUAGAAGUCGGGGGGGUAGUUUGAUAGUUUUCUUCUCCCACACGCCAGUGUUGACGAUACGUGAGGUUCAGGACUACCGCGAGAAGGCGCUCAAGAAGGGCGCUGACGGCAUAAUCGUAGUUGCGCAAAGCAAGGUUUCGCCGAUGGUGCGGCGCGGUGUGCAGGAGCUCUGCGCGCGCUUUGCGCCCGGGACCGCAACCGAGCUCCUGAAAAUUCAGGUGUUUGACGAGGAGUCGCUCUGCUUCAACGUGACGCGGCAUGAGAACGUGCCGCGUCACGUGGUGCUUUCGAAGGAGGAGGCGCUGAACUUCCUAACCGAACGCAAGUUGAAUAUCUCGCAGCUGCCCCGCAUCUUGGAGAGUGAUCCUGUUGUCCAGUAUUUUGGUAUCUCACGAGGGGAUAUUGUUAAGAUUAUCCGUGAAAGCGAGGUGACUGGGCCCUAUGCCAUGUACCGACAAGUCGUUUGA